AUGACGGAUAAGGGAAAUGACGAAGAGGUGCCAAGAGUCACCGAACAAAUGAGAGAAGUGAUUGCUGAAGAGGUAGGAAAAGCAAUCGAGAACAGCUUGUCGGGUUUCAUCGAUAAAAUCCAAAACAUGGUGUUAUCAGUGGUGGAUGCAAGAAUAAAGAAAUUGGAGGAUAAUGCAAAUUUAGCUAAGGAGAAGUUGGGAGAACGUAAGGGUUGCUCGUACAAGGAAUUUAUGGCAUGUAAACCACCACUCUAUCACGGAGAAGUGGAUCCGAUAGUGUGCCAAAGAUGGUUGAGUGAUCUUGAAGGGGUGUUCGAGAGAACCCACUGUGAUAUAAGUGACUUCGUAGCCUAUGGCACGGGUCAACUGAGGGGCCAAGCAAAAGACUGGUGGGAUAAUAAGAAAAAGGAAAUUGGUAGCGAGGAAACGAAGGCGAUGACAUGGGACGAGUUUAAGGUACCCUUCCUUAAACAUCACAGUCCCAAAGCGGUUAUCAAUCGAAUCAAAGAAGAAUUUAUCCAGCUUAGGCAGAAGGGCGAAUCCAUUGAUAAAAUCACGGGAACCUUUCUUGACAAAUUAAGGUUUUGUGAUGAAUUGGUAACGACCGAAGAACAGAAGGUGUAUUAUUAUUAUAAUAUGCUAAGCGCAGAGUAUCGGGAGUUCAUGACCCCCUCAAAAUAUGAAACCCUCACCGAAAUCAUCAACGCCGCUCGGGAAAGAGAGAUAGAGUUGAAGAAACAAGUUGAGAGGGGUGAAAGAAGGACGCAAGUGGUUAAUCCAAGUCCUACGAAAAAGGCACGCGUAAAUGACUCAUCAAAGAAGCAAGAAGGAAAAAGUAGCUCGCCAAGCUGUAAAGUAUGUGGGAAAGGGCACAAGGGUGAGUGCAGGUUUAAGGACAAGCCGUGUCCUAUAUGCGGGAAGACAGGGCACACGGCUGCAUUGUGCCCGGGGAAAGUUUCGGUAUGCUACAAAUGUUAUCAGCCGGGUCACAAGAAAUCCGAGUGCCCGGAAUUGUCCGGAAAGAGGGAAGACAAGAGUGCACACACCGAAGCACCAAAAGCUAAAGCUAGAUCUUUCCAGUUAACGGCAGUGGAGGCGAAAACGGAGCUCGAUGUGGUCUCAGAUGAUGAGGAAUACCCGAUAGAUUUAAUUCCUAUGUCCAUGGGAGAGUUCCAAGUAGUGGUCGGAAUGGAUUGGCUAUCCCGACAUAAUGCGAAAGUCAUGUGUUUCCGCAAGGAGAUAAAACUAAAAUCUCCAAGUGGGAAAUCGAUUAUCAUACGUGGUGAGAAGGAAGGAAAACCUGUUAUGUGCUCAAUGAUAAAAGCUUAUAAGCUCAUGAAGCACGGAUGUAGAGCAUUCAUGAUAUACGCAAAUGAACCAAGCAAAGGGUCGUUAAAGAUUGAAGACGUGCCGGUAGUGCGCGAAUACGCCGAUGUGUUCCCGGAAGAUCUACCGGGAAUACCGCCGGAACGGGAGGUCGUUAGGUACAUGGAGUUUGCACACGGAGAAGCUGGUCGUUGUGGGAUUGGAACGUGA